CAGAGCAGUCGUUGUCUAGGUCUCUUAUUUGGCAUAGAUCCUCUGCUGAGCGCCCUUCCGGCCUGGUUUAGAUUCGCUCAGUGCCUUCGGCGGUACAGAGACAUGGAGGUGAAAAAUGCCAACCCCCAUCUGUUAAAUGCUGGGAAGUACUCGCUCACAUUCGUCGUGGCCGCAUGUGGGGCCUGGAACAGCCUUGACUCAGGUGAAUUGAAUUGA